CCAUUCCCCGACCCGCCCGGGUGAUGGCUUUCCCUGCGGACAAGGCCACCCUGGCACGGCAGGUCUCGAGCAGGCUCGCGGCCGGGGACACCGCCGCCGCGGAGGCGCUGCUGGCUGGGCUGCAGGAUGGAAACACGUACGUGUGCAACAAAAUGUUCUUCCACUCCGUUAUCAACGCCUGUGCUAAGGCUGGAGAGUGA